AUGUUGAAGUCGGUGCACAGCCUGAGCACCACCCUUGGCCUGCACCCAGUGACCUGGUUGGAUUGGGUGUAUGGAAAUACGACCGUCUUCCGCUUCCCUGGCACGGAAGGCCACGUCGCCCUUACCAUUGAUGAUGGACUCUGUCGAAGCGGGUCAUCCAGCUCGAUGAUUGCGGAGGUGCGGCAGCUUCUGAAGGAAUUCGGUGCCAAGGCCACCUUCUUCCUUUGCUCUGACUACGUGGAUGGCUUUGAAGACGACGCCAAAGGGCUCCUCGCAGAUGGCCACGAGUUCGCCAACCACUGUCCUUCAGAUGGUGUGGAUUACUACAACAUGUUGCCGGAGGAGUUCGAAACUGAACUGCUGAAGACCUCGCGAAAGAUUCAGGAGGUGAGUGGGGAAGUUCCCCGCUGGUUCCGUGCGCCGCAAGGAAGGUACUCUGGCACAAUGCACGGCGCUGUGUCGAAGCACGGCAUGCACCACGCCCUGGGCGACUGCUACUGCGACGACUGGGCUGUUGAGGAUGCUGAGUGGGUGGCCCGCACCAUGCUGGCACAGGUUCGCAGCGGCUCGGUGCUGAUCGCGCACAUGCCAGAACGAGGCUUCCGCGAACACAUCUACCAGGCACUCCAAUUGAUUCUGGAAGGACUCCGGCAGCGCGGCUUGGCCGUGGUCACCCUCAGUGCCUUGGAGGCCCAGCAGGGCGCGCCUUUGCCGAGGGCGCUGGCGCAGCACCCGCCGCAACGAGGUUAUGCUGUCAUCAGCCACCACAACUUUGGCGUGGUGGAUGGAGUUGUCUUCAACACCAAGGAACAGGCCGUGGAUCACUGGCAUCGUUUGUCGCUGUUCUCUGCCCACAUGCUCAUUGGCCCUGAUGGCAACGAGAUCAGGUACUAUGGCAAGCGUGGCGGUAGGGAUGAUGAGAUGAGGACCUGGUGGGAAGACCACGCCGUGUCCUAG